GCGAGGUGAACAGUGCUCCGCGCGCGAAUUGUCACGAUUCUAUCAGAUUUGAGAAAUUGAGGAGUGUUCAGUGUUGUCAGUUGUUGGCUGUGAGAGGUGAGUGCAGGUAAGUGAAGAACGCCACGCGGAAAGAAUGGGACGGACAAUUUAUGCUGAGGAACACCUUCGCACGUAUUUAGCAUCUUUAACGAAGCCGGAUGGAUACGUGAUAGGACUGAUUUUAGGACAGAGUGCUGGGCAAAAGGAUUACAUUGUUCACUUAGCGAAGACACCACCUCCUCUCACGAAAAAUGUUGUGGAAGAAACGUUAAUUAGUUCCGCAGCGCCUGCAGAACAGGAUACAACAAAUACAUAUAUCAGAUCUGUUAGAGAUAUACCUAUGAGCUGGGUCGCUGAUCAUGCUAAACAUGUUACAAGAAUGUUGCCUGGUGGAAUGUGGGUACUUGGCAUAUUUAUUGUUGGACCUGAGGAUACUUUAGACAAUACUAGCAAUGUACAAAAGCUUAAGUCGGUUCUUGGUGCAAUUCACAAAACUUUAUCGUGGAAUAAUAAGUAUCUCUGUGGAAAUAAUCAGGAUGAGAAGCUUAUAUUAAGUUUCAACAGUGUCACACAAAAAUAUAUUUGCAAAUCUAUAGACAUUGCUAAGGACAGUAUGUUAAAACCAGCCGAUUGGAAAUUCCAAGAAAAAGCAACCAAAUGGCAUCAACUUGAAGCUCUGGUAGAUUUUGACAGAUUGUAUCUUAUCGCUGCAGACAAGGAUCCUGAAACCCUCAAAAAACAAUUACAGAAUAUUUUGACAAACGUAGCAGAUUUAAUCGAUUCUUCGCUCGUCGUUAUUGAGGGAGAAGUCAGAUCUUCGGAUGACACAUUGGAAAUACUUGGCAAGAAAAAGAAGAAUAGCAAAGAAUGUAAAAAGACAAACGAUAACAAUAAUUCACUUCAAGUUAGCCUAUACAUUCCCUGUUUACAAAAUAACAGUGAUAUGAAUAUAAGAACAACGUCAUGCAGCGCAUCGAUACGAUUAAUUGGACAGUUAGUCAGUAGAACAUUUGUACAUCAUAGAGCCAGUAUUGCAGAGGCCAAUAUGGCUGUGAAAGAAGAUAUAGUGAGAUCUCUGGCAAGCAGACUGGAAAUGCACUGGGAUAGUCUGAUAGAGGAAGAAAAUGGUUCUCCCGAAGAAAAUAUCACGCUGCACGAACCACCGAGACGGGUGUUGAUAGCGUUACCGGAAAAUAAAGUUACGUUAUCGGAUUAUCUGUUUCCCGGCGAAGGGCCGCAAGAGGCGUUAUUGUCAUUGCAGGAACUUCUAGAUCUCGAAGUGCAAGAAAGUCAGGUUCAAAAGGAGAUCGAGCUGCAAGCUGAUCCUAUAGAAUUCUACUGCCAAAGCGACGUCAAUACCAAACCGUUGGACAAUAAUGCUGAUAUGAAUAGAAAUCGUCAAAUGACCAUUUACCUUACCGGCUUAAGUGUUGCGUUUAUUAUAUUGUUGAUAGCCGUCUUCGUGCACCAAUUCAUGAUUUAAUAUAUACAUACGUAUUUUAUUCACAGUGAACGCAUGAAAUACAGCACAGUUUGUUCAUAUGUUAUGUAACAUACAAUGUUUAAAAAAAAUAUAUAAUAUGUAUUUUGAAAUCGUGUAAAUUUCGAUGUAAAAUUUUAAAUUAUUUAAUAUACACAUUUUGAAAGUUUGCGUGCAAUACAAA